AAAUUCAUCGCUCAGAGUUGUUCGUGGCUAAGGAUGAUGGGUAUUAUGCUUCGAGUUUGGUUCGGCGGUCAGAAAGGUUAACUUUAAUUGUCUGCGUGCGUAAACUUGCAGAAAUUUGGAGUAUGGCGUUGUUGGAAAAAUUGUAUCAGAAUUACAGCGAUCUGCUCUGUGCUUAGCAGCCUCUUGUCCAUGUUUGGGGCAUAAGGUUUUAGAGAGUUGCUCUGUGCUUAGCAGCUUAAGUGUUUGAGAGAGUUGGAAGCUUGGGGUGUUGAAAUGACUUAUAGAAUACUAGGCUUUAGCUCAUAGUUGUUACAGUGAUGUGGCGAGGUGCGGUGAUCCACCAUCUUCACACCUUUACAACGCUUAUGGCGCGCGGUGUGGUGACGCCAUACACACAUCGGUGUGGUGAAUACACGCAUCAUAGUAUAGGAUAGUAGGAAAUUAUAUUGGCAAAUGGCAAUGUAGAUGUAGCUCAAAAGUGAUAGUCUUGGAUUUUAGGAAAUAAAAAUAGCAAUGCCCUCUGUGUGUGUACUAUAGGCCUAUACAGAACAGCAUAUAUGUGUAUGGCUAUAUGCAUAACAGAACAGACUACAGAGCUUGAGCAUAGCUUACCAAGUUCUGAACAGAGUCUGAAUAGAGCUUCAGCAGAAUUGAGCAGAGCAGCCAGAGCUUGAGCAGACCUUGAGCUUGAGCAGAGUUCUGAACAGCGACCGCAGGGGUGCGCAGGGCGGCUGGUGGCCGGUGAGAUCUCGCUGGUUGGCAGGGCAGACAGUGCAGGGGGCAGGGGCGAUGGCGAGGAGUGCAUGGAUCUCGGUGGUGGAUGGCGAGGAGCAUGGGCAGGUGGACGACGAGAGGUAUCGGGCGCAGGGAUCUUGGCGGCGGCUGCGGCGGCGACCCGCAGCGAAGGCUAGGGUAUUGCGGAGCUCUGGAAACAAUGACGAGAUAUGGAUCACUUGGACGGGCAUGACAGCGAUGACAUGAAAGUAGGGGCAUCUUCUGAUGGUGCCUCCAGACUCAGAAAGAAGAGGUCUAAAGUGUGGGAUGAGUACAAGCCCAUCCUUGUAAACGGAGCCAUCCAGAGCGCGGAAUGCCGCUACUGCCAUAUCCACAUGAGUUGCAAAGGCGCUGAUGGGCAGUCCAAUGGUACAAGCCAUUUGUGGCGACACCAGAAAAUUUGUCGAGCAAAAGAGGGAUUGGGCCUGAUCCAGCAGCAACAGGAUACUGACUUUCCAUAUGUAGUGGUGAAUGACGUUGACCCGGUGGACCAGAUUCUUCCAGAUUCACUUGAUGACAUUAAUUUGUUAACUCAUAGUGAGAGCAGCAAAUUCAGGUCAAAGGUAUGGAAGGAUUUUAUACCAUUCUAUGUUGAAGGGAGAAUCCAGGGUGCUGACUGUGUCCACUGCCACAAGCGACUCAGUGCAGAAAAAGGCAGAAGCCAUUUGAACCGACAUACUCAAACUUGUCCAGUGCGAGGUGGAACUAGUGUAAAUCAUCAGAAGGGUGUGUUGUUCCAGUCCAGUGUACCAAGUUUGAAGUCUAGGUUUCAAGAUGAGCUUUCACCUGCCUUGACAAAUGGUAGGGUUCAGAUUGCAGAAUAUGCUAGCAAGUUCCUCAAGACCAGCUCUGGUGAUAGAAGCCCUAUGGACCACCACGUUCUAGCUUUACCAGCAAUGGAUGGGAUGAAUCCUACAGAACAAAAUACCUCAUCAGCUCAGACUGCUCCGAAUAUAAGUAGGAAAUUUGACCAAGAAGCAUCUUAUCAAGAGCUAACUAGAAUGAUUGUUUUACAUGGCUACCCCUUGUCAAUUGUGGAGCAUGAAGAAAUGAGAAGGUUUGCAAAGAGCCUUAACCCUGCAUUUAACAUGGCUUCAAGCAUUGAUAUAGAAGAGUAUUCAACUCUUUUGUUUCAGAAAGAAAAGUCUGAGCUUAAGGAAAAAAUUGCACUUUUACCCCAUCGGGUUUCCCUAUCAGCAAGUGUGUGGGUUCAUGGAGCUGAGGCCUCAGUGAAGUAUCUUUGUUUAGCAGUGCAUUUUAUUGAUUCAGACUGGAAACUUCAAAGGAGAAUCAUCAAAUUUGGUGUGUUUUCGUCCUCACCUACUAGUUUGGAAAGGAUGAUACAUUUUAAGGAGGCCUGUGCACUAGAUUCUGAUAGUGGGCCAUUUAAUGUCAUACAGGAAGCUAUAAGAGAUUGGAAUCUUGAUCAGAAGCAUUUCAGCUUGACAUCUGUCAGUGAAAUUAGAAAUGAUGAGAGUACCUCAAAGCUGAUGGACUUGCUCAUUCAAAGGAAAUGCCUUCCUGUUAGAGGUGAGCUAUACAAUAUUGCUUGUGUGGAUGAUGUGCUUAACAGCAUUAUUUCAAAAGGGCAACCAGUGCUUCAUCUUGUUGGUGACAUACUAGAGAGAUUUAUUAAGGAACAUAUGUCCUCAUCGCUGACUCGGCAGCAACUUCUAGAAGUUGUUACCCAUAUGGGAUUGAAGUGCCCCCAGGAAGAUGCGAAAUGGUGGCACAAAAUUUACUUUAGGCUUGAAGUUUUUCUGCAAUUCAAGAAGGCAUUUCCCUCUGAAGAGUUGUUAUCUGCCGAAGAUACCAAAACUGUUGAGUCUGUUUGCAAGAUACUGAGGGCUUUUUAUCGUGCUGUUGAAGUAAUUUCUGGUUCUGCUUGCCCCACAGCAAAUACAUACUUCAAUGAACUAUGGAAAGUUAGGGCAACUUUGCAAGAAGAAGCAUCUACUGAUCACACUGAACUUGCUAACAUGGUUUGGGAGAUGCAGGAAGCGUUCAGUGAGUAUUGGCAAAAUUCAUACAUGUGGCUGUCAAUACCUGUUGUUCUUGAUCCCAGAUUCAAAAUUACUUUUAUUGAGUUCCGUCUAAAACGAGCUUUUGGCACUGAUGCAGACAAGUAUGUAUCUGCCAUACGUGAUACAAUCAGGGAGCUGUUUCAUGAAUACUGUGGUCCUGUAGAUAAGCCGGGUGUUGACAUAUCAAAUCGUGAAACUCGUGAUGUUGAAUUGGAUGGAUUUGACAGUGAUUCAUUGGAAGAUUGGGACGAACAUCUUAAUGCUCAGACAAGGAGCCAACUAUUGACAGAACUUGACAACUACCUUGAAGAUGGCCUUGUUCCGAGGAAGGAUGAUUUCGAUAUUCUGAACUGGUGGAUGAGUAAUUCUACAAAGUAUCCAACCCUCUCAAUUAUGGCACGUGACGUCCUGGCAAUGCCAGCUUCUGCUGUUCAUUUUGAGGCAGCGUUAAGCAGUGAGGGACCUGUGAUUCAUAAGCAAUGGAGCACAUUAAAUAUCAAAACAAUUGAGGCUCUCGUAUGUACCCGAGAUUGGAUUAAAUAGAAUGAAGAUUACAUGCAGUGCAUACUCAUGGUGCUUCUUACAUAGGAAUCUAGGAUGAUAUCACAAAAGAGUACACUGCCCAUUUGGCGUCCUGUAUCAGACAUCUUGCCGCUGCCGGUAUGUCUGUAUAUUUGUGCUAUUUUUCUCCAGAUGUGUAUAUUACUAGUCAUGUGGAUGGCAGCUACAAGACGCGUGCUCCCAGGGUGUUCACAUGUAUUGUUCAUUGUUGUUUCCUGUAUUAGGAUUUUUGCCUCCGGUUCAGAUUAUUUGUACAGUGCCAAUGAUGUGCUGCUGCUUUAACCUGAUUAGGAAUUCUUUUAUGAAGGCCAUAGGAAGCCAUUUGCUGUUA